AUGGACGCCUCCGAUGGUGCGUUACCUGACGCUCAUCGUCGCCGACGCCAGGACCAGCCCCUCGCCGAAGCCAUCGCUACGCUCACGCGAGGAAUCCACGCCCGACUUAACAAGUCCAUCGUUGCCCGCCUUCCUUUGGCUCUGCCGCCUCGCGCCUCUGACCCCUCUACAUAUGUUACUGGGCUGUUGCAUAUUGCACCCAUUUACCUGACCUUUGAAAAGCUCUGGGACAACCUACUUGCGCCCGGCCCAAGAGAUGGCGUCGACCCCCAUGCCGAGUUGGUUGCGUCGCUGUUGCCGGUACCCAAGCUACCUCCAGCCGAGACUUCGCCAAUCUCUACUCCCGCAUUGCAUGAGAACAAGCUCAAGCUGUCUGUCCGAGUGCACUCCAUCCUGCACGCCCUGCAACUGCCGGGGCUUGCGCGAGGAGGCUGCUUGAAGGCCGAUAUCCAGGCUUUGACGGGCUGGUCUGACCAUGUCGUCGUCAGCCAGCUCGAAUUGGCAAGCCGAGCGCCGCCUCUUGCCGCUAUGGUUGAUCACAUCAAAUCAUCAAUAGAGAAGAAACCGCUUCUCCUUGUCACGUAUACGUACAUCAUGUACAUGGCGCUCUUCGCUGGGGGGCGCUUUAUCCGAGCAACGCUGGAAUCGACGGGCGAUGAAUUCUGGCGAACUCCUCUGGCUCCCGUUAAACCCACUAUGCAGCCAUGCAUACCAACUCCCACUUUUCAAGAUGACAACAAUAUGGACUCACCGAUCCAUAAUGGUUCCCAUAAAUGCAACCCUCUACCGCUGCGCUUCUUCCACUUUGACACCCCACAUGAUGGCGAAGACUUGAAAGUCGAAUUCAAACGCCGAGUGCGCAUCUGUGAAGCAGCUCUCGAGCCAAACGAGCUGGAUGAUAUUGUUGAAGAGGCGAUCAACAUCUUCGAGCACAUCACCGCUGUUGUGCAGCAGUUGGAUGCGAUCUGUGAAGAGGACCCCAGUGGCAGUGCUGCGACAACACCCAGAGACUACUUGCACUUGAUGCCUCUGCUCAGUCGGCUGCGCGACAGCGUAUCUGUAGCCAAGGAGAGGCACGCGAAUAAGAGCUCGCCAAGAGCAUCUUCAAGCGAAGGCGACAGCGCUGGCACUGUCAUCAGACGACGAACCCAUCGUUCCAGCGCCUCGUCCGGAUCACAAUCACCCAUAAGUGGCAGUCCCGCUUCUGAGCGUGCACCAGCAUCUGCGUCCACAGGUGUCGAGCUGUGUCCUGCUGCGGUCAUUAGAUCUGUCCACUUCAAUUCAGCUCUGCCACUUCCGCAGCAAAAUGAGCAGGGUAAAUUGGCGGGCCGACGUGAGCAGCUCAAGGUUACAGAGUUCACCCGCUGCAUCCUUGCCGUGGUUAUCGGGAUUGUGACUAUGGGGGUAAUUUUGGUCUCCAGGCGAAGCUCGGCGUGA